AUGUAUUCCCAUCAUUCACAUUCAGGAAGUUACUGUCAACAUGGAAGCAGUCCCUUAGAAUCCAUGAUUGAACAGGCAGAAACUUUACAAAUGAAAUUAUUUUGUUUAACUGAACAUAUACCAAGAAAGAAUGCAAAAUACUUGUAUCCAGAAGAAAAAAACGAUUCUACUGAUACGGUUAACUUGACUAGAUUGGAAGAUGAUUUCACCAAUUUUGUGUUACAUGCACAAAAAAUCAAAAGGGAGAGAUCUGAUGGACCUACUAAAUAUAUUAUUGGUAUGGAAAUAGAAAGUUGUGACGAUGAUCAAAUAAUGUAUACUAAGGAAAUUAUGAAUAAAUAUGAAGGUAUUAUAAAAUUUUGUGUGGGAUCAGUACACCAUGUCAAUGGAAUUCCUAUUGAUUUUGAUUCAGAUUUUUGGAAUUUGGCUUUAAAAUCAUGUGAUAAUAAUAUAAAGACCUUUUUAAUAACAUACUUUAACGAUCAGUAUAAAAUGUUACAGGUCAUUCAACCUUUAAUUGUGGGUCAUUUUGAUGUCUACAAACUUUUUUUACCAAAGGAUUUAGAAAUUGAUUGUGAAAGUGGUGAAGUAGUUGAUCGAAAUGUCAAAGACCAGUCUUUAUCCACGAUUCGUAAUACUAAAACAAUAAAAGAUAUUCCGUCAUUAAUCAAUCAUUGGGAUGAGGUGAAAGAUGUGGUUGUUAGGAAUCUAAAAUUUAUUAGUUCAUAUGGUGGUCUAUUAGAGAUAAAUACAUCUGCAUUGCGUAAGAAUCUAGAGGAACCAUACCCAGGGAAGGAUAUUUGUGCUUUAGCAAAAGAGUAUUCUGGAUCGAAAUUUGUACUUAGUGAUGAUUCGCAUUCUGUAUCUCAAGUAGCAACAUGUUAUCUUAAAGCAUUACAUUUUAUUACGGAUAUUAUUCAGUUAGAGAAGGUUUACUAUUUGAAUGAAACAGCUGCUGGACAUUUGGAGAUUUUACAUAGGUCGAUUGAAGAAUUUAAGAAUGACCCGUUCUGGUUAAAUAAAAAAUUAACUUAA